AUGGGUACGCUUGUUCGAAAGUACCAUAUCGAUCCCAAGUUCCACCCUCGCUUGUCGGACGCCAACUAUGCCAUUACUAAAGCUCCUGAAGGCCUCGUGGGGGUUUAUCGAGUAUUCUCCAAGUUUGGGUGGCAUCUCCCUACUUUCGAUUUCCUUGAAACCGUUCUAGAUUACUAUGGUCUACACAUCGACCAAAUAACCCACAAUGGCUUUCGUAAGGUUUCCUUCUCCCUUCGCCAUGGUUCGGUGGAGUUAUGUGAUGGUCUUCCUACUUCUAUCAAAUUUUGGAAGGAAGAGUUCUUCUACGUUCAUGCCUCUGCCUUUUUUGGUCCUAUGGAGUAUGGUGCAAUUGCUGACAAGGCUGUCGACUUCGCCCUUGAACUCUCAGCUGAAGAACUGUUGAUAACAGAGAGGUUAGCAAGCAACUUUGUUUGA